GCCACAUGCGUACAGUAUGAACAAGUAUGCGGGGUCGCGAGUCGCCAUAUCCCACUUGAACAAUCAACAUGAAAACAAUCCUUCACUCCUUCCUUGCGUUAAUUCUCAUUCUCCAACCGACUGUUAAUUAAAAGAGGCGACCUAGAUAUUCAAACGCCUAAGACCCUGUCGAUCAAGUCUGCUCACUGCGCUGAACCUAUUCCCCAGCCGUCAAGGGUUGUAGUGUAGCAGUGGAAACAGACGGAUACAAUCACAUCUAGUGCGUGCAUCAUUUGAAUGAUCAGGCACGAAAGAGCCACCACGAUAGGCAAAGUGCGCCGUCGUCCAUCUUAUAAAUCUCUCAACAUCAGUUAUUUCUUGGCAGGAGAAAUCAAUUAUCGCAGAGCCAACUUUACUGCUCUUUCCUCUUCCAUAUGAACCGCGAUGAGUGAGCUGCAGAAAAGAUGGGCAAAGGCGCGUGUUGAUCCAAUGGCAUCAACACCGCAGUUCGACGAGGCCGAUGAGCAACAAGCCCCUACCUAUCAGACACAACAGCAGCCCAAAGACUAUCUCGAAGAGACUGGGACUGUACCGGAGCUGCCAGAGCUCCCCGAGGACGACUCAUCCUCUGCUUCAUCUGCCUCGUCGACAGGGACCAUCGUACCGUCUGUGCAGCAAAACCUCUUUGCCAGGCCACAAGGGCUGUCUAGAGGUCGCACGUUGGAACCCGUCCCAUGGACGACGUACUUUGAGCGGGAGCUGUUUCUCGAAGUCGAGACAGAGGGCUCCAGGGCGACCAACACCUUUCACGCCUACCUCACCUCGCCAGUCGGCAAGGGACCCCUCUUCGUCACACACCACGGCGCCGGGUCUUCCGGCCUCAGCUUCGCCAUCGUUGGUGCCGAAGUAAGGAAGCUCAACCCGUCCGCAGGCAUCCUAUCUCUAGAUGCACGUGGACACGGAUCAACGACCACGUCCUCACCCGGCGUGGAUCUGAGCCUUGAGACGCUGGCAGCGGACCUGCUCGGCGUCAUACAUGCGACCAAGGAUAAGAUGGGCUGGCAGGCCCUCCCGCCCAUGGUGCUGGUUGGCCACUCGCUCGGUGGUGCCGUCGUCACGCACCUCGCGGGCCUACGGCGGCUGGACGACUCGGUCCUCCUCGGCUACGCGGUCCUCGAUGUCGUAGAGGGGUCGGCUAUGGAUGCGCUGCAGAGCAUGCAGACCUACCUCUCCACCCGCCCUACAGGCUUUGCCUCGGUCCCGGCCGCCAUCGACUGGCAUGUGCGCUCACGGACGAUUCGCAACUCCGUCUCAGCCCGCACCAGCGUGCCGGCACUCCUCACACACUGCACCGACGGGGCCGACGAGGGAGCUGGUGGCGGGAAUUCCAGGCCCUGGAGAUGGCGAACGGACCUGGCGGCCACGCAGCCUUUCUGGGAGGGUUGGUUCGUCGGCCUCAGCAAGAAGUUCCUGACUGGUCGCGGGGGCAAGAUGCUGCUGGUGGCUGGGACGGAUCGUCUGGACACGGAGUUGACGAUAGGGCAGAUGCAAGGCAAAUACGCUUUACAAGUGUUUCCAGAAGCCGGCCAUUUUAUCCACGAGGACCUCCCCGAGAAGACGGCCAUCGCGCUGGUUGACUUUCACCGCCGCAACGACCGAAGUGUCAUGGUGCUCCCGCCCAAGGUUGCGGAUCUGAUAGCGCAGGGAAAGAGGGUUUAGAACUAGUUUAGAUGGAUUUUAAGCUCGGGGCUCUUCAAGUAUAUGAAUCCAAAGAACAGAAACAUCCAAGAUUAAGACAGACUAGACUAAAUACUCCGGAACAUGAGGCCCGGGCAAGGCACAAUGUACAGUCUCAAAUACUAAUAUUAUGGCUAACGCUGCCC